AUGUACCUUCGUUUGAACCUCGCGGCGAUUCUUGUCGUACUUCUAUUAUGUACUUCAACAUCGCACGCAUUCAUACAACAGUCUUCUUCUAGAGGUCCUGUGAGAAAUGCCGAAGCGAAACCCAUUGAAAGUUCACUUCGAAGUGAAGAAGGUUAUCAACUGAAUAACGAAAACGGAGACAGCGAUGUGUGCAGAGUAGUAUGUGAAGCGUGUCGCCUUUGCGUCAGCAACUUCUCUGACGACAACAAGGACGGCACUGAAUGUGGAACAUUCUUCUGCAAAGCGUGCAUUACAUGCAUGAAAUCUAAUUUAUAUGAUGGAAGACGUUUCUGGGGCUUUUGGUGGUGAGCAUCGUCGUUUUAUGACGUCGAUGAGGCAUCGUAAGAUGUCGUUAGUAUCAUUGGUGGUGAACUUUAUUUGUGUUGAUCAUAAAUCAAUGGAACGAUAAGCACCUAAUUGUUUAACGAUCACACUAUUACAAUAAAAUAAAAGGUAU